AUGACGGACCACGAGAAUUCAAGCAUCAGACACAACGACCACUUGCUCUUGAUACCUAAUGCCAAUUCAUCUUCACAGGAUCAACCUCUUCUACGCCUCCCCAACGAGCUGCUACGCAAAAACUUCCGAGCCGCACACUUCGCCAUCGAAAAGGACACCUCGACGCUCAAGACGCUCCUCCGAGACUCGGCGACCGCAGCCAUCUCCGGCCGGGCCUCGCAACAAGAUGUGCUCAAGAACCUCGACGCCAUGAUCAGCCGCAUGCGUGGCGUGAAGCGCAAGUUGGGCGCCUACGCCGACGAGGAAAGCAGGCUGCACACCCAGACCGCAGCGCGGAUACAGCACCUGGAUGAGCUGUACACAAUGCACAGUAUAGAAGACGUCAAGUAUGAGGCUUGGAGCAGGAAGAGGCUGGAUCGGCUGCUGGCGGAUUACCUGCUGCGGCAUGGGUACAACAAUAGUGCGAAGGAGCUGGCGAGCGAAAAGAACAUGGAGAACCUGGUGGAUGUCGAUACGUUUGUUGGCAUGAGCCGGAUUCGGGAGGCGUUGCUGAAUGCGAGCGUUACUGAGGCGUUGGCUUGGUGUACGGAGAACAAGAAGGAGCUUCGAAAGAUGGAGAGCAAGCUUGAGUUCAUGCUUCGCUUACAGCAGUAUGUAGAGCUCAUCCGGACUCAGUCGCAGCCGAAACUCGUUGAAGCCAUUGCUCACGCAAAGAAAUAUCUCAUGCCUUACUGGGGCACGUACCCCAAGGAAGUCAAGCAGGCAUGCGGCCUUCUGGCCAUCCCUCCCGAUAGCUCAUAUGGCAUCUACAGCGACUUAUACAAGAACUCUCGCUGGAGCGAACUCGCCGACCUAUUCACCACCACUCACAACAGCCUCCUAUCUCUCCCAUCCGUGCCAUUGCUCCACGUUGCCUUGUCAUCAGGAUUAUCAGCCCUCAAAACGCCCGCUUGCCAUUCCUCCCACGAUGCCGACGUCUUUAGCGAGACGGGCUCUUCUUCCACGCUGGGCCAUGGCGUCUGUCCAAUCUGCUCCACCGAGCUCAACGACCUAGCUCGCAACGUCCCCUACGCACAUCAUACCAAGAGUCACGUCGAGCAUGACCUGUUCUUGCUACCGAACGGCAGGGUGUACGGAAAGGAGCGCUUGGAUGACUAUUCCCGGAAAUCGGGGUUGUCUCCUGAUGAACUUGUUAAAGACCCGGUGACUGGGCAGACGUACCCGAGGGACGAUCUCAAAAAGGUGUUUAUCACCUAA